UUCUCAAAUAGUUCCAUUUCUCUGUCUCUGCGCGUGUAAACAAAGGCAGAACAAGAAAUAGCAAAGAAUUGAGGGAGAGGCGGGGUUAGGGCAUCUGAAUUUAUCCCCUCUCUCAAUCAAAGCCCUAACCUCUCUAAUCCAUUUCCGCAUAAGGAAGAUAACCCAAUAAUAUUGUUAUAUAUUAAGCAUAUACGUAUCUGCAGAUGCAAUAAUUUGGGGAAGAAUUAAAGGAAAAUGAGUGGUCAAGUGGCUCCGAGACGGAACAGUAUGGUUCAGAAGCGGAAUUCGUCCACCCUAAAGAAGUCUUCAGCUCCUCCUUCUGAGAAUGGCGCACCCUCCAAUGGGGUGCAAACGAAUCCUACCUCCCCUCCUCACUCGUCCGUUGGGGAGAGGACAGUUAAGAAGCUUAGGUUAUCUAAGGCACUUACAAUUCCUGAGGGGACCACAGUGUCUGAUGCCUGUCGGAGGAUGGCAGCCAGACGUGUUGAUGCUGUGCUGCUAACUGAUGCUAAUGCCUUGCUCUCAGGCAUUGUCACUGACAAGGACAUUGCGACUAGGGUUAUAGCUGAGGAGUUGAGGCCAGAGCAGACGAUAAUUUCCAAAGUGAUGACGAGGAAUCCCAUUUUCGUGACUUCAGAUACUUUGGCCAUUGAAGCCCUUCAGAAGAUGGUCCAAGGAAAAUUUAGGCACCUUCCCGUUGUUGAAAAUGGUGAAGUUAUAGCUUUGUUAGAUAUCACAAAAUGCCUUUAUGAUGCUAUAUCAAGAAUGGAGAAGGCUGCAGAGCAGGGGAGCGCCAUUGCGGCUGCAGUUGAAGGAGUGGAACGCCAAUUUGGAAGCAAUUUCUCUACGCCAUCAGCUUUUAUUGAAACACUUAGGGAGCGCAUGUUCAAGCCUUCUUUAUCUACUAUUAUUUCUGAAAAUUCCAGGGUUGCGAUAGUAUCACCUUCAGAUCCCAUUCAUGUUGCUGCUAAAAGGAUGCGUGAAUUGCGGGUUAAUUCAGUUCUUAUUAUGAUGGGAAACAAGAUUCUGGGGAUACUUACUUCAAAAGAUAUUCUUAUGCGAGUUGUGGCUCAAAAUCUCUCUCCUGAGCUGACUCUAGUGGAAAAGGUAAUGACUCAGAACCCUGAAUUUGCAACACUAGAGACAACAAUACUCGAAGCGUUGCAUAUAAUGCAUGAUGGGAAGUUUUUACAUCUUCCCGUGGUAGACAAAGAUGGAAGCAUUGCUGCCUGUUUAGAUGUUUUGCAAAUAUCACAUGCAGCAAUUUCUAUGGUUGAAAGUAGCCCUGGCGCUGUUAAUGAUGUGGCAACUACAGUAAUGCAAAAGUUCUGGGAUUCAGCACUUAAUUUAGAGACAUCAGAUGAUUUUGACACUCACAGUGAGAUGUCAGUGUCUCAAUUCAUGGCAUCAGAUGCUAUGGAACCUGGGAAAUCUGCAUACCCAUCCCUUGGUCUUGGGAAUUCAUUUGCUUACAAAUUUAAGGACCAUAAAGGACGUGUACACCGAUUCAACUUUGGUGAGUGUAUAGAGCCUAUAUGACAUGUUGGGCUUUGA